GAGACGAGUCAGCCUGACUGCAUGCUACCUUCAUAACGACUUCACUACCGACAGCAAGAGAAACAGAAUGAUACCUCGAAUAUAGGCCAUCAUAAUCGCAUCGACUCGGCUUAUCCUUAUUUUUAUUCAAACGUAACUCAAGAACAAUCUGUCAUGUUCGGUGAAUCGGACAGCGAGAGCCCUCGCGUACCCAGCCCAUGGGACCCCUUCAUAUCUGCGUCCCCAUCACCGUGUUCACUGGAGUCGAAUGCAUCCCAGAACUUCAAGAUCAAGAAGCUGGCGCCUGAGGCGGAGGAUGGCAACGUGGAGUACAAGCUCCAGCUCCUCUCGCCGUCCCCCGCCCGUUUCGCGCGCCUCGUGACGCAGCUGAAAUGGCGCCUCCUCGAGGGUGGCGGGCAGGCGUACUACGAGAUCGGUGUCGCGGACUCGGGCGCGCUCAUUGGCCUCUCGCGCGUGCAGCUCGAGGAAUCCAUCCAGACACUCGAGGAGAUGGCGGGAGAGAUCGGCGCGAGCGUGAUCAUCGUCAAGGAGAUCGAGCUGACCGGCCGGGACCGCGAGCGCGCGAAGGAGGAGCUCCAGGCGACCAGCGGGAUAUACGGGCGUAGGAACCGGCGGCGCAACAAGAACAUGGCCGCUCUGCUCGCCGGCGACUCUACCGCUACAACGACGACGACCGAGUCCGAGCUGUCCACCGCCGACAUCACUGACGCGGAGCCGGAUGAUAUCGAGAUAGCCACUCCCGCCGCCUACCCUUCCGCUUUUGACGUAGCCUCCUCUCCCACCUACGUUGCCCUGGACGACGCCCUCGCCCUGUUCUCCAUGGACCCCGAGCCGGACGUCUCCGACGUUGGCGUUGAGGCGGACGUCGAAACAGACCCCGAGCCCCGCGUAGCCGUCGAUCUGGAAAUAGCGUCCGUGUACAAGCCCCGCCCCUUCCGCCGCCGUGUGCACGCGCACGGACACGUCGACGCAGUCGCGCACGGCAAACGCGGGCUCGGGAAGAAGGCGAAGAAGAUACUGCCCUCGUCCGUCGAGGCGCUGAAGGGCGUGAAGACCGCGCAGGAAAUUAAGACGGCCAAGGAGGCUAAACUCGCAAAGCGCCUGGCUGCGCGGGAGCGGAAGAAGCAGGAGAAACAGCGGACGCUGAUGGCGCAGGAUUAUUUCUCGGGCACGCCGCUGUCGGUGUUGGAGGACCAAAUAUCUCAGUCCGAUGAGAAGGCGGACAAUGUCGAUGGACUGAUACCAGCCCUCGGGACGCUCACGGUUGAGGCCAAGGAAAUGCAAGCGGUCCGAGACACGGGCCCUGUGGCAGCACUAAACGACGGAAUUGUGAAUGCACCAUUGGGCGGGAGCCCUGACGACGAGAUACUCCCUCCACCAGCUGACCAGGGCGAGCCGCGUCUCAUCGUCGAAGUCCUAGUCGUCCGAAAGCUCUCAUUAGAGGAGGCAUUCCUCGACUUCGGCGGAUUCUCUCAUAUUCCGUAAAGGCGGCCACUUCGUAUCUGACGGUCACCGACGAACAUUUACUUCGAAUCCACUUGCCUUCUGAUAUGAUAUUCCGGAGCCCCUUCGCCUUUGUUGUAUAAUUUUUUGUGUUUGUAUCACUCACCAUAUAUGUACAUUGAUUCACUGCAAUCAUCCCCUG